UGGUACAAAAGAAUAGAGUAGACAAAACCUAAGAGUAGUUUCCCGGCCACACUGUUUCAACCAGCACACACGUUAUCACCAGAGGAAGGGUUACAGCAUUCAAUCUGUACAUCAGAAAAGAAGAGACUGGGUAAGAUGAAUACAACCGAGGCCACCAGCACAGAUGAUUACAGUGGCGAUGACUACUAUGGCAUCAUGAACAGCCCCUGUAGCACUGGCACCAGUCUAACCCAAGGGUCCAACUACCAGCCCAUUCUCUUCUACCUGGUGUUCACCCUGGGUCUGACAGGCAACAGUCUGGUGCUCUGGGUCCUCCUCAAGUACAUGAAACUGAAGACCAUGACAGACAUCUGUCUGCUGAACCUAGCCCUAUCUGACCUGCUCCUCGCCCUCUCCUUGCCUCUCUGGGCCUACCACGCCCAGGGUCAUGAGUUUGAAGGGGACAGUCCGUGUAAGAUCAUGGCUGGUGCCUACCAGGUGGGCUUCUACAGCAGCAUCCUGUUUGUGACCCUGAUGAGUAUGGAUCGCUACCUGGCCAUCGUUCACGCCGUGGCCGCCAUGAGGGCCAGGACGCUGCGCUACGGAGCGCUGGCAAGCAUCAUCGUCUGGGUAGCGUCCAUCGGCGCUGCUCUCCCUGAAGCUAUCUUCGCAGCAGAAGUGUGGGAGGAUGACGAGGACAGUGGUUCAAGUUGCCAGCGGAUUUACCCAGAGGACACAGAGAAGACAUGGAAGUUGUUACGGAACUUUGGUGAAAACGGAGUGGGGCUCGUCCUAUGUCUGCCUAUAGUGGUCUUUUGUUACAUCAGUAUUCUCACUGUACUACAGAGGUUAAGGAACUCCAAAAAAGACAGGGCCAUGAAACUGAUAUUCGCCAUCGUGGGUGUGUUUGUAGUCUCCUGGGUCCCUUACAACGUUGUGGUUUUCCUCCAGACCCUUCAAAUGUUUGACAUUGGGAAUAGCUGUGAGGCUUCAACACAGCUUGAUAAAGCUAUGGAGGUGACAGAGACCAUAGCUCUGGCUCACUGCUGUGUCAACCCAGUCAUCUACGCUUUUGUAGGAGAGAAAUUCAGAAAGUGUUUGGGCACUGUGCUCUCCAGAUAUCCGCUGUGUAAGAAGCUCAGCAAACAUGCAAUGCUGAGCAGCAGAGGAUCAGAAAACGAGACUUCUAACACAGCUGUGUGAUUGUACUGCUGACAGACAAUACUUCCACUGCUGAAAACCUGUUUGAUACCUUUUCAUUGAGCAGAAGACCAAUUUCUGUUCGUAUGGAAUAAUGAAGUAUUCUUCUGAACACAGACUUGCAUUUAAAUGAAGUGUAACUGUAUAAUAUUUAACUUUAAAUGUAUUUUGAUGAGCUCUGACUAUUUGUUUAAGGGUGAUGGGCUGUUUAUGUUUUGAUUACCCAUGUAUGUAUUUCAUGUACAGUACAGGCCUGCACAACAUUUUGCUACAGCAUAAUAUCAAUAUGUUUUGCAUAGAGAUUAUCUCAACUUUUAUUCUUAUUGUAUGCACACAUUUUUGUUAUACCAUUAAAACACAACCAUG